AUGUUCCGUGCAGCAUUCCUUUUUGCUUUUCUGGCUCAUGCUCUGGCUGAUUAUGAGUAUGGAGGCUGCAAUGGAUAUGGAUGUACUUACGGAAAGACACACCAGGGACCCGGAGGUGUAGGUAGUACAGUGGUUUCCACUGGAGGUUCUGGUUCACUCAACUUUGGUCAUGGCUUUCCUAAUUUUCCCCCAUUUGGAUUUGGACCUUCGUCUGCUGCAUCUGGGGCAGCUGCAUCUGGAUUAGGAGGCGCUGCUGCAUCUAGUGCUGCUGCUUCUGGUGGACCUUUUGGUGGAUCUGCAGCCUCUUCUGCUGCUGCAGCAGGAUCUGCUUCCCAGCCUCGUUUCCAAUAUCAGUUGGAUCCCAGUUUUGUUGGCACUGGCUUCCAAGGAUUUCAACGUUUCCAACAGUUUGGAUUUGGCGGCAGUACUGCUGCUGGAGCUGCAGCUUCUGGUGACGAUGGAUCGGCUGCUGCUGCUGCAGCCACAGCAAAUGGUGCAGGGGCAGCUGCUUCUAGCGCUGCUGCAGCAGGUAGAGAUGAUAGAUUUCUAUUAGGAUUCCCAGGAAGUUACCUUCCACCUCAGGGGGUAUACCCUGCACUCCAACCAAGACUACCCACACUCCUACCAGGGUUCCCCACUAGGACAGUUUCCAGAUAUCCAGUAGGUGUUCCCUUUCCUAGAGUACCCGCACUUGGUCCAAUUCCAUUCCCACCACGUCGUCCCCGAAAACCAUUUGGUAACAAGAAAAAGGUACCGGUAUAUUAAGGACUCUCAACUGUCUCAAAUUGAUUGGAACCGCAAACAGUAUUUUUAUGAAUAAAUUGUUAAUUUAGCAUUUUAAA